AUGAAAGCUCUGUUGUUGUUGAUAUUGAGUUGCUUGAUAGUAUUAUGCCUUGCUUCCUCAGGAGAUAUUCAGCCAGAGUAUAAUAUGUGCGUAGACACAUGCUCAUCUAGACCCCAUUUAUUGCCAGCUUAUUUACGAUUGUUUGGCUGGACUGUCAGAGAUGAUUGCAGGUACCGUUGCAUGCAGACAAUCACACAAGAGGCAAUAAAGCAAGGGACACGCAUUCACCAGUAUCACGGCAAGUGGCCCUUUUAUCGACUAUACGGCAUUCAAGAACCUGCAUCUGUCUUGUUUUCCAUUCUGAAUGGUCUUCAGCAUUACAAAUAUUUUUUCAGGCUAAAGCAACAACUGUCAAACACGUAUUAUUUGAAGCCUAUAUACAUGGGUAUCUCUAUCUGUGGUAUGAACGCUUGGAUCUGGAGCACUGUUUUUCAUACGCGCGAUACGCCAUGGACAGAAAAACUCGAUUAUUUUAGUGCAGGACUUUAUAUCCUCUACGGCUUCUUCGUCGCCGUCCUACGCAUCUUUCACAUCCGACACCGACUCGCGCUCGCCGUGUGGGCCUGUCUCUGUGCUGGAGCCUUUGCCGCACACGUGACGUAUCUCGCACGUCUACCAAGAUUUGACUACGGCUACAACAUGCUUGCCUGUCUGAUCAUUGGAGGAAUCCAGACAUCACUGUGGCUCAUUUGGUCCAUCUGGAACGUGAAGAAACGAUCUUAUGCCUGGAUGGCCGGCGUCUCUGUCGUCCUAGUCAGUUUGGCCAUGUGUUUGGAGAUUUUUGAUUUCCCACCUUGGCUUGGCGUGUUGGAUGCCCAUUCUCUCUGGCAUGCAGCAACCAUACCUUUAGCUCCCUUGUUUUAUCGAUUUUUAUUACGAGAUGCAUACGCAGAGACGAAUCAGACAUCAGUCGAUAAACGAUCGUCGUGA